GUAGACGUGAGAUAACGCGAAGAAGAAACAUCUCCGAACUGUUUUCAGAAAAGCGAAGAAGACAACGACAACGGCAACGACGAAGGAGGAGUGCUCGUCAACGACGCGUUAAUGGAGGUUACAAGAAAUCAAAAGGAAAUUUGGAAGAUAUAUCAUAAAUUAUAAUCUUUGUGUGCUUAUAAAGGGGCUUUUAGGAAGAUAUAGAGAGCCAUAUAAUGUACCCAUUUUCUCCUCCAUCCUCUGCUUCCCCUUCCAUGUCGAUCACUGGUAUUCAGGGCCGUCUCCUCGAAGUCACAGUUGUUGGUUGCAACAAAUUGAAGGACACUGAAUGGAUUUCGAGGCAAGAUCCCUACGUUUGCCUCGAAUACGCUAGCACCAAGUACCGUACCCGCACUUGCACAGACGGAGGCAAAAACCCUACUUUCCAGGAGAAAUUCACAUUCACGCUUAUUGAAGGCCUCCGAGAAUUGAAUACUGUUGUUUGGAAUAGCAAUACCGUCACUUUCGACGAUUUCAUUGGCAGCGGAAAAAUUCAAUUGCAAAAGGUUCUUUCAGAGGGAUACGACGAUAGUUCUUGGCCGCUACAGACUAAAACUGGGAGGCAUGCAGGAGAAGUUCGACUCAUACUGCAUUAUUCUAGUGCCAAUAAGCCAGCAACAAACUAUGCUCCAUCUAUUCCACCGUAUGUAGCGCCACCUGCCGCCCAAACCCUUAUGUACUCUAUGCCACCACCAUCUGCAGCUUGUUAUCCGCCGCCAGCCGGUUCGUACCCUGCACCGUCACUGUACACUUCAUACCCAACUCAUUCAGAAGCUUAUCCACCAUCUCCAUACCCUCCCCCUCAGCUUUCUGCUUAUCCUUCAUCAUACCCACCACCUUCAGCAUAUCCCCCACAAGCAUAUCCACCACCCCCACAGGCCUCACAAUAUUAUCCUCCAGGACCGUACCCUGGAAUCUAUCGCCCACCCCCAUAUUGAUACAAAAAAGCUCCUGUACAUCCGAAGUGAAGAAACUAGAGUUUGCUAUUUACUGAUAGUUGUCAGUUGUAGGUUUUGUGAUCAUGGCUUUGUAUCUUCUCUAUUAUCAAAGUUUUAAUGCUGCUUAUGCAAUUUUUUUAUGCAAAUUUUAGGUGAAAAUUGUCAAUAUAUUGUAUUAUCAAUAUAUUUUUGUAACACGGUUCCAUCAUUGGUGGUUGUAUUUGCCCUUUUGGCCUGGUCCUAUUUUGUUAAUUUUGAUAAUAAGGCCUCUUUAUAUUGAAUGUUGGGCGCAAUGUAACCGUCAAGCACUACCGUCAUUUGAAUUGAGUAUUUCUAUGUUUCAAGUUAAACCA